UGUCAUUAGUGUCAUUGUCACUGUCUCACUGAUCGAUCGUGUGAGUUUUUGCUAUUUCGUGUAAAAUACAUGUUUUGCUAUUCUUUAGCAACAUAAGUUAUCUAAUAAAAUGGAGGAAAUUGUAGCUUUAGAUUCGAAAAAGCAAAAGAAGUUUGUUAAAUCUAUCAAAGGAAUAAAAAAGCUCAUUAAGAAAAAUGAAGGAAAGCCAGAGGUUCCGAAGAAGGAAGAGAAGGUUGAACUGCCACAAAAAACUUUUAGUAUGAAAUUAAAUGGUAGUCCAGUUCAACACAAAAAACGCAAGGAAAGGGGUCUUGUCUAUUUGUCACAUAUUCCACAUGGGUUUUACGAGCAUCAAAUGACACAAUACUUCAAGCAAUUUGGAGUUGUUACCAAUGCCAGGGUUAUAAAAUCAAAGCGAACUGGCAACUCUAAAGGAUGUGCUUUUGUGGAGUUCAAGGAACCAGCGGUUGGUCAAAUUGUUGCUGAAACUAUGAACAACUAUCUUAUGGGGAAAAGGUUGAUCAAAGCCGAAUACAUCCCCCCAGAAAAACAAAAGCUAAAGGCAUUUAGGAAGCACUGGAAUGCUGUGAAUAAUCCUAGCAGUCAAGCUAGAUUGAAAAUGAAAAAGAUUAUAAAUACUGAUAAAGAUGAGAAGGGAGAUCUCCAGAAGGCUAGACAACUAUUGUCAAACCUAACAAAAACAAAGAAAAGGCUGAGUAAAUUGGGAAUAAAUUAUGACUUUUUCACACCUGUUGAUGUCCCAGAAGGACUGGUAAAUAAAACUGUCAAAGAAGAAAAAGAAGUAUCUGAAGAAAAACCAUCCAAGACUAAGGGCAAGAAAGGAAAGGUUCAGGAGUUUGAGGUAGAAAAUGUGAAGCCUAAGGAUGAACCCACCACACUUGGACCUAAAAAGGGAAAAGCAGAAACUAAAAGGCCUGAACCUGCACCUGCAAAAGCAAAAGCUGAAAUUAAAAAGCCCGAACCUGCACGUGAAAAAGCAAAAGCUGAAACUAAAAAGCCUGGACCUGCACCUGAAAAGGCAAAAGCUGAAACUAUAAAACCUCAAGGCAAAAAAGCUAGACGAGGAUCUGUUUUUACAGAAGAGUUUAUAGAAAUAGCAGAAUCUGUUUCAGGCAGUGAUGAUGGGUUUGACUCAGACGCAUUUGAGAAGGAAUUAAAUGACGAGAGUGAUGAUGAUGCUACUGAUGAUUCUAGUGAAGGUGAAGAAGAACAAGCCCCUGAAAGGCAAAUAAUUCUACCGAAAAUGCAAAAGAAAGUAAUGCUUGCUCCUGUUAAACCUAAUAAGAAACCCCAAAAUGUGCAAGUUCAAAAGCCACAGAAGAAAGUACAGAUUCAAAACCAGCUUCAAGGAAUAGAAUUGAAAAGGAAAGCUACACCGAAACCUGCACCUCCUACAAAGAAACCGAAGUUUGAAAAACAACAUCAGAAACAAACAAAGAAGUCAUUUAAGAAGAAAUAAGUGAAUUUUAGUUUUAAUUUAUGACUCCACACUUACUUAGUUGUAAGGUCUUUGUAUAUUCUUCAUAAAUAAGUAUUUUACCCAUUGUGAUUAUCUUGUUUAUGUAAUAAGUACUAAGUAUGUUAAUAAACAAUUUGUCACCAAUA